ACGCGGGCGGCCGCCGUCAGGGCUGCUGUUGGCUAAUUUUACCGAAAACUGCGAAUAGCGUAACCAGUUGGCCGAAUACCGCCUCAAAAGGGAGGUGGAUUGUGUGGGCCGCGGACUGGAUUGGCGGAGGAGCCGCGGGAUGAGCCGCUGCCGGUGUGAGGCCUGGGGCGGGUCGGCGACGCCUUUGUCUGUGGGACGGUCCCGCUGUGGCAGUAGAGUUGUCCGGUCAGGUGCCGGCCUAGCGCGGCUGUAACGGCAGGGUUAAACUGCUUCACCUCGAGCUUCAUCAUGAGCAAAUGAACACACGGGGAAUGAAAUUUAAAUUCCGUAAAGGGGAACGAGUUCUUUGCUUCGAGCCAGACCCGACGAAAGCCAAGGUCCUAUAUGAUGCCAAGAUCGUUGAUGUUGAAGUUGGUAGAGAUGAGAAAGGUCGAAAAAUCCCAGAAUAUCUGAUUCAUUUCAAUGGUUGGAACAGAAGCUGGGAUAGAUGGGCAGCAGAAGAUCAUGUACUUCGUGACACGGAUGAGAAUCGCAGAUUACAACGUAAAUUGGCCAAGAAAGCUGUGGCUCGCAUGAAAAACAAAGGGAAAAAGAAACGUCGUUGCCGGCUCCCUGGUGUAGACUCGGUGUUAAAAUGUCUUCCUGUUGAUGAAAAAGAAGAGAAUGAUGAAAACUCUUUAAGUGCUACUUCUAAUGAUGACAUUGAUGACGAUGAUGAUGACGAAGAUGAUGUAGAUGGUUCGGAUGAAGAAUUAUUAGACUGUGAAGAUGACAGUGAACCAGAAGAGAUAGUAGAAAUGAAGGAAGAUCAAGAGACUUGCUCUAAGAAGGAAAUGGAAGAGAAAAGUAUAAACAUAGAAAUUCCUGAAAUUCUAAAGAAGAAAUUAGAGGAUGAUUGCUAUUAUAUCAACAAAAGGAAAAAGCUGGUGAAACUUCCAUGUAAGACAAACAUUAUUAAUAUCUUGGAAUCCUAUGUGAAACAUUUUGCAAUUAAUGCAGCUUUCUCAGCCAACGAAAGAUCUCGACAUCAUCAGAGCAACUCACAGAUUCCAAUGAAUCCUCAUUACAUUCCACCUGAGAAGAAUGUUGAACUUUGUAAAGAAAUGGUGGAUGGUUUAAGAAUUACAUUUGACUUUACCUUGCCUAUGAUUUUGCUCUAUCAAUAUGAGCAUGCCCAGUUCAAGAAGAUAACUUCAUCCAAAUUUUUUGUUCCAAUCAAGGAAACGUUGUCACAUAUUAGACCUCAUAAGGAACAUUCACCAAGUCCUCCUCCUCUUCUGAACCCAUCAACCCCUCAAUCCACUGACAGCCAGCCAUUGUCAGGUGACCCUUCAACACCGAAGCGACGUAGGAUUGAUCCUGAAUCCGUUCAGUCGUUGAGGCGGUCUAUGCGGCAUGUAUCAGGCUGUGAUCGAUUAUCUGAAAGCAACGCAUCUCCUCAGUCAAAGCGCCGGUUUUAUGAAACCGCCACCCAAAUGCCCAGGUUACUUUUGCACUUGGAGAAAAAAACACCUGUCCAUAGUGGGAGUUCAUCUCCUGUUGCCCUCACACCUAGUAAAGAAGGGGUUGCAGUAUUUGAUAGCAGAAGGAGCAAUGAACUAAGUGAGGUAUUAUCUUGGAAAAUGAUGCCAGAUAAUUAUCCAUUAACUGAACAGCCUCCUGCACCUUCUUACAUCUAUGGAGCUCAACAUCUGUUGCGACUGUUCGUGAAGCUGCCAGAGCUCUUGGGCAAAAUGCAAAUUACUGACAGGAAUGUCAAAGUCUUGGUAAAACAUCUCGAGUUGUUUCUAAGGUUUUUAGCUGAAUACCAAGAAGACUUUUUUCCAGAAUCUGCAUAUGUAGCUGCAUCUGAAGCUUACUAUUCUACAAAACGUCCUCAGGCUGUCUAUUGAAGAACUAGCAGAACUGUAAAUUAACCCACAUUGUUACUUUUAGCCUUGUGGAUAUAGUCUGAAGAAAGUAAAUUGUCUUCAGCAGCUGAGAAGAAAGGAGGGCCUGUGUUCUCUUAAGUGGUGCUGCUUGCCGGAAUUCUGUUGACUACAUUGUGGAGAUGGACCGCAUUGUGUUUGAACUUGCUGCUUUGCUUUCAUCUCUGCUUGUUGCCCUGAGCACAUCCCGUUCUUCUUUGAUGAAGCAAAUGACUGCAUGUAGAAGUUUCUUCUGCAAAUGGACAAACUGCAUCCUGAAAUGCAAAUUGCAUUUAUUGAGCAAGACUUUAAUUUCUGUACAAAAUUAUUUGGGUGUCCACCUUAAAGUAUUGACUAACUGUGUUUUAAGGUGAGAUUCUGAAAUGAGGCAAUUGAAGAAAAAGUUAUGUCAUUUGCAGUAGUGCUUGUUAUCAGAAAUAAAUUUUUGCUCUAUGGUAAGACUCUUUAAUGUUAGUUAUUUUAUUUACUUAGCAAUACAGCAUGAAGUAGGUCCUUUGAGCCAUGUCAUCGCUGCAACCCCAAUUAACUCUGACAGAAUCACACAACAGUUUACAAUGACCUAGUACAUCUUUGGACUGUGGGGGAAACAGGAGCACCGAGGAAAACCGUCGCAUUCCAUGGGGAGGAAGUACAGGGACUCCUUACAGAAUGGCGCAGAAUUGAACUCCAAACUCUGGAAAGCCCCGAGCUAUAAUAGCACCCUGCUAACUGCAACACUAUUGUGGUGUCCAUGAUACCACUAUGUUCCUAUUUAAGUAUCAGUGGUCUUGUGCUUCUGUGAGUGUUAAUUGAAUGGAGUACCACUACUUGUAUACUAUUAGGAUAAUAAUGUUGAAACUAUUAUCAAAAAAGCUCUUAAUUUUAUUCCUUGGAACCACACUUCCUUUGUCUAUUCUGGCAAGUUUAUGGAUUGCUUUUUUUGUGGCUGUGUGAUUAUGGAGGGGAAACUUAAUUUGGCGAGAUGAAAUAUGGUUCUAGCUGCUUCUCAAUCUAACAUUCCAGGGACAGUCUUCCAUCCACCAUUCAAUCCAGCAUAAUGACAAUCUACCAUUUCAACCUGAUAAUGUGUAAUAUUUGGCAGGAAAUUCAACUAGUUAUGAAAAUUAAUAUUUUUCCAUGUGUAGUUCUUGGUUGAUCAUGUCAUAAUUGUGAUAGGUGGUUGGAGACUGCUUAGGUAUCAGCAGUAAUGUCUUUUGAUAAAUAUUGAUAGUAUUUUAGCUGGAAAGUACAGAUUGAACUUUAGAUAGUUGUAUGGUGGCAGAGCAUUUAUCAGUGGUACAGCUCCUGGAUUCAUUGCCCCAUAGUGCAAAGGGACAGAUUCAGUCCAAACUUUGGGUGGUGCUGUGUAGAGUUUGCAAAUUCUCCCAUUGAGCACCUGAAUUUCCUCCAGGUACUCUGAUUAUCUCCCACACCCCAAAGAUUUGCUGUUUGGAAGGUAAAUUGAUGACUGUAAAUUGCCUGUCAUCUGUAAGUGAAUGGUAGAAUCUGAGAGAGAUGACAGGAGUGUAGGGAAAAUAAUUUAAGAAAUACACAGUACAGAAACAGGUCCUUCCAUCUGAUUCCACACCAACCAUCAACAACCCAUUUAUACUCAUUUUAUAGUUAAUCCUUUUCUUUUAAAAAAGUCUUACCCAUUUAGUAAAUCAGAGUAAGAUGAAAACAAAAUGUUGCUCUUGGAUAUAUCCUGAUAUAUAUGAAGAAAGAAACAAUUAACAUUUUGAUUCAGUGACCUUUCAGUUCCUCUUUCUACAGAAUGUUGCCUAACUUGAGUUUUUCUAGUACCUUAUUAUUGGAUUUACAACAUAGAUUUUUUUUUCUGAUUAAUAAUUCAGAGGCUUGUACUAACGAUCCUGGAACUAGAAUUUAGUUUGCAGCAAGGUAGAUUUGGAAAAUGUAUUAAAUUAAUAAUCUGGAACUUGACGCAACUAUUGUCAGAAGCAAACAGGUUGUCAUUAAAAACCAUCUAAUUUUCUGGGACGGAAACCUGCUGCCUUUGCCUGAUCUGUUUGACACCCAGCUCCAUCAAUGUGGGUGUCUUAAAAAUACUCAAGUCCUAGCAAGUCUCUUGGUUCUCACCGUAUUCUCAAGGGGUAAUCAAUUACAGGCAGAUGUUACAAAAGUUGCCCUGGACAGCAAUACCCAGGGGCAUGGGUUGGAGACAUAUUUUGCUUGAACCCAUAUAAUUUUUAAAAUUUUGCCCUUUUAUUUGCAGAAGUUCCAAAACAAAUGGCUAUGGAAAAGCUAUAUGAAUUAUUAUUAACACUUGAAGUCAAAAUAUCUGAAAGCCUAAUAUUAGUUGCCCAUCUGAACUGUUUCUCUUCUUUCUCACCACCCCCCCCCCCCCCAUUCAAGGUGUUAAAUCUGCAUAAAACACGGGGAUUCAGAUUAAUUUGACAGAUUGGCAGUGGAAGCGGAAGUCUCUGAAAAGGAAGUAAUUUCUGUUAAGAUUUAAUCCAACUUUAAUACUGUACAACUUCUCUUAGUUGAAAAUAUUGGUGUGAGUAACUUGUAUUUUUUUUAAAAAAAGCUUUUCUACACCAUAUUGCAUCAGCAAGAGCCUUCCUCAUUACAGGGGCUACAUUUGUAUUUGUCUUUCAUAGAGCAAAAUCGACCCAGGGAAUUUGUCUCCAGGUGACCCACAUAGGCAGACUUGCAACAGCUGGAUUUUCAGGAGCCACUUACAAAAGUAGAAAUUUGGGGAUAAAGUUCCAGAGCUUGGUGCAUUUAUUUAUGGCGCUGUAUCAGAAGUAUUAGUUUAAUACAGUCAUUUCCACAUACAGGGUUAUGUGAGACUGGUUGUGCUUUGCUUUUUGACUUCUGGCAACUUUAUCUCCUCUCCUGUGCCUGUCGAAGCCACCUAUAGUGGAGUAAUGGCAAGUGAGAGUUUUUUUUUGAUGUCGAUUGUUACCUGGUUAUGGUAAUAAAAUGGGUGUUUUCCCUCUGACUGCAUUUAUUUUGUUAACACUCCUAUAUGGCAUUGUUAAUCAACUUAAAAGUUAUUCUGUUUCUGUUGACCAUUGCUUCCCAGUGCUAUUCCUCUGUUCAUGCCCCUCCUGGGAAAAUCCUACUUCUCAUUCGUUGAAAUUAAUUUUCACUAAGGUUCUAAGUGUUUACUGGAAAUAUAUGGCCAAUUGUGUAAAAACAGAUGCUGACAUUUAAAAAAAACACACCAAGAUUGUAUUUUUUCUAUCGGCAGAGUUAUAAAACCAUUAACUAUUCCUUGGGCUUCCCAUAUUUAAUUCUACUGCCAUUAUUUUGAGUUCAAAAGAUAUCAAACUGUGCUGAAUUAAUACGAUGGAUUUUUCCCACUGGAAUCUGAGCUGAUUUAUCAUUUUCACUUGUAAUCCUUGGAUUCUAAGGUUCUUUUCUGCUAAAUUUGUCAGUUAAUCAUUCCACAAAUCAGCUCAUUUUAGAAUAUUGAAUUAAGAAAUACGAAUCUAGCAUAUCAUCUUCAAUUAUACGUUUGUGACUGCUUAAUUAGUUGUAGAUUAAAAUUGAGCUUGUAGACCAAAGUUUCUAAACUAUUAUUGAACUGAAAUAUUUUACCAAAAGUCAUUACUGAGAAUUCAUAAGAAAAAUUACUUUGCACUAAUUAGAUCAGUAAGUGGUAUUCUAUUAAUAAUAAACAUUUGUUUGCUUGGACCACUAGCUACCUUGGAUAUUGAGAAUUUACAACUUUGUGAAGUUUACAUGAACUAUUUCAUCAAUUGUCAACUGAUAAUAUGUUUUGAGGCUUGUUUGAUAAUUUCACUAAAUCUGCUAACAGAGUUGACUCAACUGUAUUAACGACUUAUUCAUUUAAAUUGCUGUGGUUUAGCACGAGUUAUAUGACAUCAGAAAAGCCUGUUCUUCUGUGAACAGGAAAUGGGUUUAAAAUGUAAUUCAGUUCAUUUGUAAGAAGAAAACAUUUGAAUUUCUUACUGAAUUAUGAAUCGUGGCAUAGCAGAAUUUCUAAUUGUAUUUUCUAGUGACCAAUGCAGAAACUAGCUAUAACAUUUAGAAAUUUGUCUUGGACUUUACUGUCUUUGGAUAGAGUUACUCUUGGAAACACUUUAUUUGGAUGAUUACUUUCUUAUAUAUGUUUAUAUUCUUUGCAAAAUUGCAUUUGUCCAAAGUUGGUGUCGGUGUUUAUUUGUUUAAAUGCAACCAAAUAAUUAUGAUUGUUUUUUUUUAAUCCACAACAAAGGAGCUAAGACCACUCAAUUACAAAGAGCAAACUGCAUACUUUAAUUGCUCUGGCAUCUGUUUAUCUGUGCUCGUAAUACCAAUACUUUUAGACAGUAUUUGAAUUUAGCUUGUAAAAUAUUCUAGUGAGUUUUUUUUUUGCUACUUGUUUUGAGAAUUGAAGCACUAUUUUUAAAUUGUUAAUGCUCAUUGCUGAUCUAGCAGACAUUUUUCCAUUCACAGUGUUGAUGCUGAUUUGAAUUAAGAUUGUUAACUAAGUUACUAGGAAAGUUUUCCUAUCUUUCAAGAGAGUGAAUCAGAUUCUGUUUGGUAUUCCACAGAAUGAUUAGCACCCUCAUGUACAAGUUCCUAUGUUGGUUCACGUUGUCCUUGUGCCGUGCAAGAGGAUGUUGAAUUUAAUGUGGGCAGAGGAGAAGAGGGUUUGAAGUUGUUCAGUGAUUCUUGUGCCAUUACUGCUGAAGAAAUCUCCUUAGGAAAAAUUCCUAACAAAGGAACCAUCUCGAGGUUAUUUUGGCCUGGUGAAAUUGUUAAAUAGGCCAGUUUGGAAAAGCUAUGAAGUGUACUGGCUUGGAGAAUUUUUUAAAAAUCUGCAAAAUAAUGACAGGAACAAGUCAAGGACGGUGAACACGUAGACCAAACAAAUGUCUUUGUUUUUGCCAAGAGAUGUCCUUUUUUUUAAACUUCUGCUCACCAUCUUGUGAACUCAUUUUCUGGAUUGAAGUAAUUGAAAAUGGACAUUUGGAAAUUAUCUCUGAUCGAGUAAAUCAGAGAUAAUUUCCAAAUAAGUUAUUUGUUGCAUGCCCAUUGAUGAGGUAGAAGAAUCAAUGCAUCUUUAUAAGAAGAGUAGUCUGUGUCCGUGAACUGAAAUAACCCGAGUCUAGUGUCUGGAUGUAACUGGUUUGGGAGGUGGGGGGGGGGGGUGUUCCUUUCCUUAUUUGGGAGAAGAGCAAUGAUGUAAUGCUACCUGUAAUCUUUGGGCUAAAGCAAAUGAAAAGUGGACACAGGCUACUCUUGAUAAAUCAGAACCAACUGAAUUGAAGUAUAAUGGAGCAGAACUGAUGAGGAAAAAGAAUAAUAAUAAAAAGUUUUGGAGGCAGACCAGCGAUAACUCAGAGCUAACUAUUGCAAGGAAGGCCCCAAUGCCUGGGGUAGGGAGAGAUCCCCUAUUUCAGUGUUGUAAGUGGGAAAAGUAGUUUUGGGUGAGUAUUGUUAACAUUCAGGAAUUGUUAACCCCAGGUCAACAUAACUUGUAUGGAUACAGUAUUUGCACUUGAUAUAAUAAAAUAAAUACAAUAAAGUUACAAGUAGUCUGAAUUACUUAGGGUU